UAACAUUCCUUUUAUUAAAAUUUUGGAAUAAUUCAAAUGUUGAGCAAAUUAAUUACAUGAUUCAAGUUACCUGUUAUAAGAUUUAACCUUGAACGACACAAUUUUUUUUACAUUAAUACAGCCAGUUAAAGUGAUCUAUGGGAUAUGGUAUAACUAAAGUAGGUCCAUAAGUUAAUAACUAACUAAAAAUGAACAAAACGCGUUUGCUGAUACUGUUUAAGUACGUCUCAUCAUUUUUUCCCAUAUUUGCCAUACAUGGAUAUAAUCCUAGUUAACAUUUGUGGUUUCUUGUUCUCCUUUCUUUUUGCCUAAGUGAGCAGUUUACGGACCGUAGCGUGUUGAAUCCUUAUGCAGUCCAGCCAAUUUUUUAUAACUACUGAUUAUUUUUUUCUCAACCUUUUAUAAGAACAUAGAUAAGAUGUGUUAAAUCCCUGAAACCAAAAAUCUACAGAUUAGCAACAUCUCCAUCAACAAUGGGAAAUGUUCUAAAGCCUCAAGAUCCUCUUUCAUUUGCUUACGAGCCUCUCCUCAGCCCACCAGUGGAUGCAGAGAACGCGAGUCUGAGAGUCUUCAGCUGUGUCAAGGAAUUGAAGAAAGCAACCAAGAACUUCGAAAAAGAGAGGGUUGUAGACGGUGAGGAUGGCUCAGUUCGAACAUUCUACAAGGCCUCCAUCGAUGAUACCUCAUCAAGAACUAAAACUAGAAUCUCUGUUUCUGUCAUGGAAUGUGUUCAAGAUAGUUUAGAGGCUAUAGAGGCGUGGAAGGAAGAGGUGAAGUCUCUAGGAGAACAUUCUCAUCCAAACAUAGUGAAAUUUUUGGGUUACUGUUGUGAAGAUACCAAAUCACUAUUGGUAUUCGAAUACUUGCACAACGGAACUUUGGAUCAUCACAUCUACGGAAAAAAUGAGGUCUUGUCAUGGGCAACACGGGUUAAGAUAGCCAAUGGAAUAGCACAAGGUGUUGCUUUUCUCCACUCAUUCAACAACUCCUCGCUUUAUUUUGAACUCAGAAUGCAUAACAUUAUGCUUGACGAGGAACACAAUGCAAAACUGUUUUUUACCUUGCAACAAACAAAAAAUGUCUGGAAAAUUGCUUGAUUCAUGAGAGAGGACAUAUAUACAUGCCUCACGGAUGUGGUUUUAGAAUGGAUACCGAUGUUUUCGCAUUUGGUGUGAGUUUGCUUGAGCUUUUUACUUGUUCGAAAGAAGGGGACUUGCUUGCGCAUUCAAUUGCUUUGAGAAAUGGAGCAAAAAAGUUGAAGAAGAAUAAAAGCUUAGAUGUUGGGGGGGACUAGACCUUUCUCGUUUACGAAAAUAAUUGAUCCUCGACUUGAGGGUGAUUAUCCUGUGACUGCGGCAAUGCGUAUGGGCACGCUCAUCCAAAAACGCACCGAGGACAGGCCUACACGACCGUCCAUGCACCAAGUUCUGGAUGUUCUGAAUCAUAUUGCGGAGAUUCAUUAGUGUUGACAUGAAGCAGAAUUAAGCAGCUAGACUUGAGAAUUAAGCAGCCAGACUUGAGAAUUAAGCUGCCAGACUUUAUAAGGUUUUAUAAGGCUUUAUAAGGGUUUUAUAAGCUCGAUUUUAUUGAAGAGAAGAAGAAGAGAGAAAAAGAUAUUUUAUUAUAUUGUGUACUUAGGUCACUUGUUUUUAAAUACUUGUACCCAGAUCCACAAUUAAAUUAAGGAAACUAUUCCCUC